CGGCAGUUAAAAAUCUUCCACAUGGCCUCCAACCAGGUUGGAGCUGUACUCUGUGUGUUUGAGGUUUGAUCGGUAACAGACUGAGACGCCCGAGAGGAAUAAACGCGCCACGUUACCUGCGCAGCUCGCACUUUAAGAACUGACUGAAAUGGGUAAAAGUAAAACCAACAAAUUUAAACGUCCGCAGUUCAACACAGUCGGAUUGCCGGUGAACGCCGUGAAGGAAGUGGACGCUGAGGAGGAAGAGCACGAUGAUGAUAGUUGUCCAGCUGCGGAGUUGCUGGAGAAAUUGCAGAAUCCCAACGCAGAUGUGCGAGAGUUUGCGUGUGCCAGCAUUUCGCGGGUCGUGCAGCAGAGCCAGACCAUCCCAGGUUUCCUCCAGAGGGAUGCUGUCCGACGUCUGGGCCCCAUGCUGCUGGACAGCAGCCUGGCUGUCAGGGAGACUGCCACUGGAGCGCUCAGGAAUCUGAGUGCAUGUGGAGGUCAGGAGGUGUGCGAGGACAUGGUGAAGCACGACGUCAUGACUCCUCUGACAGCUUUGCUUAGAGAGUGCUGCGCUGGCUUUGACGGUGCCGCUGUGCCCAUGAAAGACCAGAAGAAUGCAAUGGAUGAUGUGGCCAACGAGGCUGUGAACUUACUCUGGAACCUUUGUGAGAGCAGCAGCCAGGCGUUGUCUGUCUUCAACAAGUCGGGUCUCUUGGAUGUGGUUGUCCAGUGUCUGGAGAGACACCCACACAACAUGGAACUAGCAAUAUCUGCUGCUCACUGUUUGCACACUGUGACUGAGGAUAACCCAGAGCUGCUGUGUAGCAUGAACACUGCUGUGCUCGGAGCCCUGGAGAACGCGCUCCUGUCAUCUCAGCCGGAAGUGGCGCACAUUCUCCUCAGGACACUGGCUGCAGGCACACUGUGGAACUUGAAGGGCAGUCUGCCGGCGGCCCGUCAGGCCCAGACCGUCAAUGCUGUGGUGGCCACCUUGUCGCAGUGCCUGGAUUUGGACGCAGGCGUGCAGAUCCCUGAGCUCAGACAAGCAGAAGAGGUUCGUCACAGAGACGCGCCGGCCGCUGCAGACGUAGAAGACCAGGCUGCAGGAGAGAUCGCUCAGGAGGAGAUGGACGAAGAGGAGGAAGGACCUAAACAGAGGCGGAACGGAAAAGCCGCGAGGGGGGAUAACGACUUCUCCGACCUCCUGCCCAGGGGCAAGGAGGAGCUGAGGGAGGCAACGGCCUUGCUGACAGCCCAACAAACGUCCUUAGAGAUCAUCGUCAACAUGUGCUGCUCUGACGACCCUUCGGACGACGAGUGGGAGGAGGAGUCGAGCAGCGAUGAGAGCGACAUGGGUCCCGAUGGUCUUUGUGACGGAGUCUCCAACCUGAUGUCUCCACUGUGUCUGUCAGCUGAAGUUCAGGGGGCCUUAAUCAACUACAACAUACCACAAAAGGUUCUUAAAAAGACUGGGUUCCCUAGCAAGGAAGCCAUGGAUGUGUGCCGCCAGAAUACCUCCUGGAGAGGUCUGAUAAGAAAGAUGCAGCGCGUUCAGUCCCGGGCGUUGACAUGCCUCCACAGUGUCCUCUCCUCCAUGGAUGCGGAGUCUCUGGGCGGCGCGCCAGCCCUGCAGGAAGUUGCACAGCACCUGUCCACCCUGGUCUUCGGCGCCCCAGAAAUACUCAAAGAUGAGGAGUUCCUAGAGGCGGUCACCAGUGCCAUGCGGUCGCUUUUGCAGACGAUCGCCUCCAAAAAUAUCCCACAGUGCAUGACCCCCCAGCAGCUGAUGAGCCUGAGCGAAGCGGCCACCCGUUGUGAUGUUGUCAGUGUGAGGGUCAACGCCGUCGCCAUUCUGGGCAUCACUGGCAGCACGUUAGCCAAAGAUAAGGGCACCGCAGAAACCCUCCAGAUGAUUGGAAAGGCCUUACUUCAGGUCGCCACACGGGACGUCGACCUGGUUGUAAACGGAGAAGCCCUGGACGCUUUGUUCGAUGUUUUUGCGGACGGAGAGGAGGCGGAGAUGGCUGCUAAAAACAUUAAUUUACUGCCUGCACUGAAGACACUUCAGCCUGUCUUUAAGGCCAAGAUUCGUAAAGAAGGGAAAGGCAAGUACAGCCCUCAGCAGCUGUGUGUCCUGGAUAACAUCAAAGUCAACCUGAGAAGAUUUAUUGGUUAUCUGGAGAAAGCAGUGAAAAAAUGAGGACUUCCUAAUGUGAUCACUAUGGUUUGGACAGAUAUGCUAUCAGGAGCAUAGAAUGAGGAGGAAUAUGGUUGUGAAACCAUCAAGUAUUUAUGUUUAUUUUCUCUAAAUAAUGGUUUACCGUUUUACUUAGUGAAAUUUUAUUUGUAAAGACAUAAGGUUGGAAUCUAAUAAUUAUUAUUAGACUUACUGCGUGUUCCAGUUUUCCCCCCUUAAAUUUACCUCAAAAGGAUUUUCAGACUUCAAAGUGCAUAUUCAUGUCUCCCGGUGGCAUUUUUAAGAGAGCAGAAACCAGCUUUUCCAUUUCGGCCCAUGUUUCAAUGGGCUUAACAUUGUUUUGCGGUUCUGAGUUGCUGAAUAGUUAGACUGACUUGUUUUCUGGAUAUUGUACCUGGAAUUGUGGUGUUCUUGAAAAGGAAUUUGGCUUUAUUGAAAGUGAAACAUAUUCUUUGCGGUAACUUAGAGAGUUUGAUGGUAAAUUUGCAAACGUUUGUUUGCAGGUGUGUACAAGAGUCUAACUUUCAGCAUUCAAUCAGCAUUCAAGUAGAGGUGUAAAUCUGCUUAGUGUAAUCCGUUUUGCACCUUACCUGUGCAUCAACAUGCUUUAAAGUCCAUUAUUAAACUUUUUUUGUUGGGCUUUCUGACAUCUUUUCAGGAAAAUAUAAUUUACAUCAUGUAUCAAAUAAAAUGAAAUAUUUUUUGGGGGGGGAGGGUGGGACAUGCUAUGUCAUCCAACUUUGAAGAAAUGCCUUUUUGAAAUAAAUCCUGAUUUCUUAAAAUGUUGGUUUUGUUUCGAGUCAUAUUAAUAGUUUCUGGACUUGUGUGAUCUUUAUAUCCUCUAUUGAAUGUUCUUUCAGUCGGCAUGAAAGUGUCUGAAGUCUCUGACGGUAUUUAGGCCAAAUUUAUAUAUAUAUUGAAUGUCUUAGAAGUUAAUUUCGCUCAAUUUUGGCAUAAAAGCCCAAAAUAAUACACAGAAUAACCAUCGAUGCAACAGCUACUUUAGACUCCUACCAUAAUGGUGUAAUAUAAAAUGGAUAUUUGUAGGCACUAAAGUGCUCCAGUUUCUCAAAUAACAUGACAUAAUUUAGUUUCUUCAACAUAUUUAUUUAUUUUAAAAAAGAAAGGUUAACUGAAAGAUUAAUUGAAACUGGGUUUAGUUUGUAUUUCCAGGCUUUAUUGGCCUUAUUGUUUUUAUACUGCCAUGCAUAGGUGUGUCUAACCCAUUUUUUACUUGAGCGCCCCUAGACUGUCUCCCAGCACCUGUAAAAAAAAAUAAAAAUUGAAAAAGAAGUUUGUCUAUGAUAAGAUUA